CUUCAAACUUUUUUUCCUUCUCCCCCCAAGGGUCGGUCGCAAUGCGCAACACGCUCAUUUUCGCCGGCAACUCAUGCCCAGCUCUGACAGGCCAAAUAUGUGAGAACUUGGGCAUGACUCCUGCCCAAGCGGAGCUGACCCAAUUCUCCAAUGGCGAGACAAGUGUCCGGAUCCUCACAAGCGUCCGAGAGAAGGAUGUCUUCGUUGUCCAGUCUGGGAGUCCCAGGAUCAACGACUCCAUCAUGGAGUUGCUCAUCAUGAUCUCUGCUUGCAAGGGUGGCUCUGCCAACAAGGUCACAGCUGUGCUCCCGUACUUUCCCUACAGCCGACAGUCCAAGAAGAAGUCUCCUAGAGGAGCUAUCACCGCAAGGAUGCUGUCCAACUUGCUCGGCGUCGCUGGAGUUAAGCACGUCAUCACUGUGGACCUUCAUGCAUCGCAGAUGCAAGGCUUCUUCAGGUGUCCCGUUGACAACCUCCAUGCUGAACCCAUCAUUGCCAAAUGGAUCAAGCGAAAUGUGCCAAAUUGGCGAGAGGCUGUGGUUGUUUCCAAAAACCCUGGUGGUACAAAACGAGUUACGUCACUCGCGGACGCUCUCAAGCUGAACUUUGGGCUGGUCACCACCGAGAGGAGACGCGGAACAAAUAUGACAGGCAGCAUGAUCAUGAACCAUCUCGAUGGGCUUGAUCAGCGGUCCGAAUUCAAGGACACGGCGCAGAGUGGAAGUCGGCCAGACAAGCCCGCCCCAAGCCACGACAGAGCAAGGACCCCCGUUAGGAGUACUAGAGUUGUGACCGACUCGCAAGGUUCGCCUAUUCGGUCUAGCGAUUUGUCGACAAGUGCGACGAAUCUUGCUGAUCCUGUCCAAGCAGAUCAACCCGCAACACGGCGAAAGAGCGCUGUGCAUCUCGACUCUGACUAUGAUGAUCGUCGUGCCCAAGAAGUCAUUCAUGGCCGGCUGAUUCAAGGCCACAUUGUCGAAGAUGACUUCCCGUCUCCGGGACGCUCUACGGCGGGUAACAGCGUGCAGGGCGAUGAUCCGAUGACCAUGUCUCAUGCUUCGUCCUUCUUUGCGCCCGAUCGUCAGUCGCUGGCCGGCGGCGCCAACGGCGAAAGCAGCUCCGACGAGGAAGACAAUGCUUUUGAGGAUCCUAGGGCAGAGCACAUGAUCACGCUGGUGGGAGACGUGAGAAAUCGCACCGUCUUCAUAGUCGAUGACAUGAUUGACAAGCCAGGGUCGUGGAUCGCUGCGGCUGAGACCGUGGUCAAGAAAGGCUUGGCCAAGAAGGUGUACUGCAUUGCUACCCAUGGUGUCUUUGGCGGAGACUGUUUGGAGCAAUUGCAAGCAUGCGAGUGCAUCGACACCAUUGUUGUUACCAACAGCUUCCCCAUCAACGAGGAGCGAGUGAGAAACUCGAGUAAGCUGGUCAUUUUGGAUCUGUCGUUUCUCCUGUCUGAAGCCAUCCGCCGAAAUCAUUAUGGCGAGUCCAUUUCUCCCUUGUUUCAACACAUCGGAGAUUGAAAUAUGGAAGGAUGUUGAUUGCAAUGUGUAAGCUGAAGGCGAAUCGCCGCCUCUUUUCAAGACUGUUCAUGGUCUGGCUGGAUGGGUCUCUCCAGUUGUUUCAUUUUUCUUUUAGCGUGGCGUCCUUGGAUUUAGGAAAGGAAAGAGAAACAAAAAAAGGCUUGAUGAUUUGUACGAACAAGGUCAGUCAAUUGAUGAAUAACGAUGAAGUCUCGUGGAAGAUUGCCCCCUCUCCCCACGUGUGUGUGUGUGUGUGUGUGUGUGUCGCCCAUUAUCUCGUGUUUCAACGAACACAACCCAGCGGUGCUGUCCUUGUGGCAGCAAGAGUCCGAUUCAUCUCAGAAUGGAUUCUUAACGGAACGUUGGUAGAUCAAAUUUUCGUUCUUAGAAGGCCCCUGAUUCUUUUCUGGCUUCGGCUGGUCGUGGGUUAGGGGCAAGAGAAAUUUUCGAACAUCUUAAAGCAGAUACAUAGAAGUUUUCAAUUUAUCAAUCCAG